AUGCCUCGUAGCCCAGUCCUCUCCUCUACGCCGCUGCAUGACGCAUUGGCUGCUCGGCGCCAUGGGCUUCUCGUGGCGCUUCCAAGAGAAGCCUCGCUGCUACGUUCCCCGGUACUGCCCCGGCCUUCGCUCGGUCGUAUCGCCAUCACCUACCCGCUCGCCUUCGCCAUCGAUUACGAGGACGUGUGGCUUCGCUCCGCCGAUGGCGUUCGCCUUCACGCUUGGUUCAUCAAGCUCUCCCCCCAUUGCAAAGGCCCGACAAUACUUUUCUUCCAAGAAAAUGCUGGCAAUAUUGCCCAUCGUCUUGAAUUCGUUCGCAUUAUGCUGCAGAGGCUGCAUUGCAAUGUCUUCUUGCUUUCUUAUAGAGGAUAUGGGGCAAGUGAUGGCCGGCCGUCUGAGCAUGGUAUUACAAAAGAUGCUCAGGCAGCAUUGGAUCAUCUAGCACAGAGAAAUGACAUCGAUACAUCUAAAAUCGUUAUAUUUGGAAGAUCUCUUGGAGGUGCUGUCGGAUCAGUCCUUGCAAAAAAUAAUCCAGAUAAGGUAUCGGCUGUAAUUUUGGAAAAUACGUUCACCUCUAUCUUGGACAUGGCUGGAAUUUUACUACCCUUCCUGAAAUGGUUCAUAGGUGGCACUACAUCAAAAGGACCACGUGUGUUAAAUUUUCUCGUUCGUUCACCAUGGAAUACCAUUAAAACAAUUGGGCAGAUCAAACAGCCAAUUCUAUUCCUGUCUGGUUUACAAGAUGAGAUGGUUCCACCUUCCCACAUGCGAAUGCUUCAUGCAAAGGCUAUUGAGACAAACAGCAAGUGCAUAUUUGUUGAUUUUCCCAGUGGCAUGCAUAUGGACACUUGGCUUUCUGGUGGAGAUCGGUACUGGAGAAGUAUCCAGAUAUUCUUGGCUAGAUAUGUCUCGGAGUAUGAUGUCAAUUGCGGUAGCAAACAUAAUUUUCCUUUUCUUUCAGAUGCUGAUGAUUAUUGACAAUCAGCGCGCAUCAAAAACUGCAUCUUCUGCCGCUGUAGACAAAUUUUGCCAUUUGGAGAUGUGAACUUGUAGAAAUGAUUCCUGAGACUCACAAAAUUUCCUGACAAAUAUCCCCGUGUGAAGUAAGGAGAUGUUGAAGGAACGCUUUUAAAUGGAUGACGGUGUUGGAAACGUCAAGGCCUUGCUCACUUGUGGGUAUUCUUUGGUUAUUGUAAUAAUUUUGCAUUCAAAGAUGGGUUACUUGUUGUUGAUCCCUUGUGAUGAUCUUAUGCUAUGUUUUCCUGAAGUGGUGAUAAUCUCUGCACUGUUGAUCUAACGUUAUGUAACAUAUCGCCUCUUGACUUGGAUAUCAGCACUAGCAUCGUUUAACGGUAAAAAAGGAUUAAUUUUCU